CAUAGUCAGGCACAGUAUACACAUAUUCCUCAGUCCAGGGAGUGUUAGUAGCUCCGCAACAGCCUCUCGACUGGCGAACACGUGUGACACUACCACCUGUGUUGAUAUACUAUCUGUGUGUGUGUGUGUGUGUGUGUGUGUGUGUGUGUGUGUGUGUGUGUGUGUGUGUGUGUGUGUAAAAUCAGUGCCUUAGACGAAGUAUCUCAGACACUUCUCAACAUCACACCGUCGCCUGAGGGCCUAAUGGCGACACGCUGCCCUCAAGCGAUGAACGAGCUUGUCACACUCCUGCUGUUCUUGUUGGUGACGCCUGAUCAUGCUGACUCUGCUCUACACAACGAAUGCCUUGUUAACACUUCUAUCUCGACGACUGGAGUCUUGGCGAACAUCAUCCUUGACUCUACACGUGACACAGAGGUCAAUGUAACUCUGUUCGUCCACACCAAGCAAGGCUUCAAGGGUGUCAGUCUUGAGUUGGACACGGUUAACGAUGGAAUGUAUCACCAUCAAGACCCUAUUGAGUUCAAAUUGCCGCCCACGUGCUUUCAGGGUGAGGCCAACUGGUGGGCGGUGUUGGUGAAGGCGAAGCUGCAGGAAUAUAAAAAAGAUGUCUUCUUCUUCUAUAGGGAACUUAAAUUGCAGGUGAGAGCUGGUGAGUGUAUAUUGUCGUGUCUCAUUGCUGGCAAAUACAUCAGCAUUCAAAGGCUCCAAGUCACCAGUCACGGGCCCUCGGAGUGGAAAAAUCAUCAACCAGAGAAUGAGUGUGGUACCAUCAAGGAGUGGAAGACAGGAAUUCCCCAAAACGUCCCUUUUUGUAUGGAUCUGCAUUCCCUUGACGCUUCAUCUCCAAGUCUUGACACCAGCACGAAGACUAAACAAUCCAAUCCUCUUCGCACACCCACAGUCCAUGACAACUCCACACUCCCUGACCAGCCCACAACCUCAGACAAGCCCACACUCGUUGACAAGACCACAACCUCUGCUAAAGCCACAACCUCAGACAAUCCCACACUCCCUGACAAGACCACAACCUCUGCCAAGGCCACAACCUCAGAAAAUCCCACACUCCGUGACGAGACAACUCUCCCUGACAAUCCCACAACCUCUAACGAAGCCACAACCUCUGUCAAGGCCACAAUCUCUGAUAAACCCGCAACGUCUGCUGGAACCACAACAUCUGUUACGUCCACUAUUCCCUCUGAAACGCAAACACAGUCUAGCACGGUCACACUUGGUGCUUCCAAAACAAACGAUCACAAGGGUUCUUUCCAUUUCGAAGUGAUAUAUUUGGUGGCGGUGGCAGUGGGGAUUGGUGUGGUGGUGUUGAUAGUGGUGGUGGUGGUGGUCGUGAUAUUAAAAAGGCGGAGACGCAGUGAUGAAGAAGCAAAUGAUGAUGUAGCAAUGAUACCAGAGGACACUGAUGAGGCAACACGGCAAGAAAAGGUCUCGAUCAACAGCCUGUAUGAAGCUGUAGGCAGGCGAGAAUCCAAGAACAGCCUGUAUGAAGCUGUAGGCACUCAGGCGCCCACCAACAGACAGCAGGAGUCUCUGGUCAGCCAGGCGCCCACUAACAAACAGCAAGAGCCUCUGGACAGCCAGGCGUCCAUCAACAGACAGCAAGAGCCUCUAGACAGCCAGGCAUCCACUAACAGACAGCAGGAGCCUCUGGACAGCCAGGCGCCCAUCAACAGACAGCAGGAGUCUCUAGACAGCCAGGCAUCCACUAACAUACAGCAGGAGCCUCUAGACAGCCAGGCAUCCACUAACAUACAGCAGAAGCCUCUAGACAGCCAGGCAUCCACUAACAUACAGCAGAAGCCUCUAGACAGCCAGGCAUCCACUAACAUACAGCAGAAGCCUCUGGACAGACAAGGAUCAGAAAACAGUCUGUAUGAGUCGUUUGAGAACGUUAGACCUCCCACAUUGACUGACAGACUGACUGACUGACUGAUUGAGCGAGUCCAGGAACCUCAGUACAAGAUCAGUAAAAGUGAGGUUAGUUUGUUUGCCUUGUAUCUAUAAUGUCAUUGUAAAUUUCACAUUGUUUAGUGGUGUGUGUGUGUGUGUGUGUGUGUGUGUGUGUGUGUGUGUGUGUGUGUGUGUGUGCGUGUGUGUUAGGUU